AUGUUAAACGUUGUUGGUGAUACACAUUCCGGUAAUUCGAGUACGAACAAUAUCAAUGCCAGUAAUGAAGCUGCACGUCAAUCAAACGAAUCAGCACAAAGCAAUCAAGCACAUCGUGUUAGACUUGUGCCACACCUUGAAGCCACAAGAUCGUUACACUUUGAGCCGAUCGAACGUGAUUUGAUCGAAGGUGCAAUGGCUGUCAAGAUUGGUCGAUUUACUGAUCCAAUCCCAAGUGCUACGGGUGGCGCAGGUCGGGUUGAUACAGGCAGGAUUGCAUUCAAGAGUAAGGUUGUCAGCAGAGGACAUGCAGAGAUUUGGAGUGAAAGUGGUGGCAAGGUGUUCAUUCGCGAUACAAAAUCCAGUUCGGGUACUUUCUUGAAUCACAUCCGCCUUUCUGCACCCAAUGUUGAAAGUAAACCUUUCCAAAUCAAAGAUGGCGAUGUGGUGCAAUUGGGUGUUGAUUAUCAAGGAGGAACAGAGGAAAUCUAUCGUUGCGUCAAGAUGAGAGUCGAAUUGAACAGAGGAUGGCAAAGGGGAGCCAAUCAAUUCAAUGUGAAUGCCUUACGACAACUGCGUGCUUUGCAAGGCUCACCUUUACCUGAUCCAGCAACGGCAGCACAAGCCAAAGCAAAGUCAGAUGCAGCAAUUGCUCCUGCAGUUGUGCCGACGAACAGACAAUCGCUCAACGUUACAGAUUGUUGUAUCUGUUUAUUCUCGGUUACCGUUUGUCAAGCUUUGUUCAUUGCACCUUGUUCGCACGUUUUCCACUAUAAAUGCAUUCGACCUUUGUUGAACAUGCAUCAUCCUGGAUUCUCUUGUCCACUUUGUCGAACGUUUGCCGAUUUGGAAGAAGAUGUAGAG